AUGGCUGCAGGAUCGCCUAAUGCGGAGCCCGAAGCUGGCCACGGCGGCGCGAAAUCACACCCUACCUUGUUCCAUGCCUUGUAUAUCGGUGAAGAGGGUAUCUCGGAGAUCAUUGAACAGGCCUUCGAGGUCACGGAUCCGGAGUCCCGGGAAUUGCUGGCACUUGGCCAAUCCGAAAGAGCAGAGGCAGCCAAGAGGAUAUUACAGCCAUCGGACGUUUUCUCAAGCGACAUGCGAGUAUUGAAUGUUCCCGCAGGAGCUGCAUUGUGGGAAGAAUUCCGCCGUACGUUUCCCAAAGAUACGGUCGAUGAAUCAAUCUAUUGA